AUGGCCGCUGCACAUGCUUUUUUUGCUCAGGAUCAAGGUACAACAUUCAAUCUUGAGUACACAUGGCGACUGUUAAAAGAUGAACCUAAAUGGAUGGGAGAAUCGAUUGGAAGUUCUUUAAAAAUAACAAAGACUUCUGGUAGUGGGGCAUCAUUGGAGAACCCAAAUACACCUUCAGGUUAUGAGUUUCACUCUUCAUCACCAAUGGAGCGUCCAAUGGGACAAAAAGCAGCAAAAAGGAAGGGUAAGACAAAUGAAAUUCCAACUGCUAAGCAAGAUGAAGGGAAUAAAAGAACAACGACAAUGGAAAGACUAGCGCAAUGUAAGAAGGACGAGAUAGAAGUCAAGAUAAUUCAAAUCAUGAUGAAAGACACUUCUACUAUGAGCGAUAAUCAACGAGAUAUUCAUGAAAAAUAUUUAUACAUAGAUGUUCAAUUCCGAAGAAGGUUCAGAAUGCAUAGGCAUAUAUUUCUUCAAAUUGUAGAUGCCCUUGGAAAUCAUGAUGAAUAUUUCCAAAUGAGGGUCGAUGCAACUGGUAAAAUGGGUCUUUCACCAUUGCAGAAAUGUACAUCUUCUAUUCGUAUGUUGGCGCAUGGGUCUCCUGCUGACUCUGUAGACGAAUAUGUUCGAAUCGGUGAAAGCACUUCAAUUGAGUGCUUACAAAGAUUCGUUCAGGGCGUGAAUGCUGUAUUUGGGGCUGAGUAUUUGAGAAAGCCUAACAACACUGACGUUGAACAUCUUUUACAAAUGGGAGAGUCACGUGGCUUUCUAGGUAUGUUGGGUUCCAUUGAUUGUAUGCAUUGGGAAUGGAAAAAUUAUCCUGUUGCAUGGAAAGGACAAUAUUGUCGAGGUGAUCAUGGUUCAAACAAUGACGUUAAUGUGUUAAACCAAUCCAACGUGUUUAACGAUAUUUUGGAAGGACAUGCUCCCAAUGGAGAAAAGAAAAAAUUAUUUGCUCAACAUCAAGAAUCAGCUAGAAAAGAUGUGGAGCGGACAUUUGGAGUGCUUCAAUCUCGAUUUGCAAUUAUACGUGGCCCAGCGCGUGCCUGGCACAUGGAGACCCUCAAGUAUACCAUAUAUGCCUGCAUCAUAUUGCACAACAUGAUUGUGGAAGACGAACGACAUACAUAUGGAGGUAAUUUUGAUUACUCUUAUGAUAAUGUGGAUAACAACUCAACAACUGAAAUAUUUAGCGGUCCUCAUCCGAAUCUUGCAACAAGACUACAAAGAAGAGCAAGUAUUUGUGAAAAACAAGUUCAUCGUCAACUUCAAGGAGAUCUAGUCGAGUAUGUUUGGGAACGUUUUGGACAUGAAGAUGAUGAAAUUUAA